CCGUCUCCAUUCAGUGCUUUACACAGUAUGGCCGGCGAUAUUAGCUAGCACUCGCUAACGGUAUUCUCUGCAAAAGGGAAGACGGUAACUCAAGAAAAUCAACACCUGGAUUGCUUAAAAGGACUGUACCUCAAUAAAUUAUAACGGAUCAAGAAGAAGGAAUCAAUCACACAAGUUGUAAAACCGUUUUACAACCGAGAAGUUUAAAUAUUUUGUUGUUGGGUGUCUGGUUGUCUCAUGAUGGAAGAUAACGGUGCACAUUUCUUCGAGGGGACCGAGAAGCUGUUGGAGGUUUGGUUCUCUCGGCAGGACGAGACCAAAGGAACCGGGGACCUCCGGACCAUCCCAAGGUUUGAGUGGGACAAACUUUUGGAGAAUGUGCAUUGUUUGAUCAUAAGUGUGACAAAGUCUGACAAGCAGGAAGCUUAUAUACUCAGUGAGAGUAGCAUGUUUGUCUCCAAGAGACGUUUCAUUUUGAAGACAUGCGGAACCACCCUCUUACUGCAAGCACUGGUGCCUCUGCUGGAACUCGCCAGGGAGUACUGCGGUUUUGAUGCCAUCGAGAAUUUCUUCUACUCCCGCAAGAACUUUAUGAAGCCAACCCAUCAAGAGUUCCCUCAUCGAAACUUCCAGGAGGAAGUGGACUUUCUCAGCCAGAUUUUCCCAAAUGGUGCAGCCUACUGUAUGGGACGUUUGAACUCUGACUGCUGGUACCUGUUUACCCUGGACUUACCAGAGUACUGGGAGAACAAGCAUGCGGAUCAGACGCUGGAAGUUCUGAUGAGCGACCUCGAUCCAGCCAUUAUGGACCAGUUCUAUAUGAAAGAUGGUGUUUCUGCAAGUGAUGUCACUCGUAUGAGUGGAAUUUGUGACCUGAUACCAGGUUCUGUGAUCGAUGCCACAAUGUUCAACCCUUGUGGAUACUCAAUGAAUGGAAUGAAGACUGACGGAACUUACUGGACCAUCCACAUCACCCCGGAGCCGGAGUUCUCCUACGUCAGCUUCGAAACCAACCUCUCCCAGACAUCGUACGAUGAUCUGGUCAGUAAGGUGGUGGAUGUGUUCAAGCCAGGAAAAUUUGUGACUACGCUUUUCGUCAAUCAGAGCUCCAAAUGUCGCAGCAUCUUUUCUCCUGCCCAGAAACUGGAGGGCUACAAGCGUCUCGACCGCCAGUUGGCUCAAUUCAACGAGUACAAUUUUGUCUUCAACAGCUACGCCAAGGGCCGCCAGCAGAACCAGCAGAGCUGAGGGUUGAGGAUGAAGAAGAGGCGUAAAAAGAAAGCCGGCCGCUCGGGGCGAGCCUCGAGCGGCCGGCUUCCCCUCCCAGUAGAGAGCUUGUCCUCCUCCUCCUCCUCCCUCCUCUUCCUCCCUCCCUUCUGCUGCUGUCGUCGUUCAGAAUCCCCCGGUGCUGAUGCGGUCGCGAGCCCCAGUUUAACCUCCAGUUUGAGUUGUUUGCAUUGUUGUACCUGUGACUUAGAUCUCUUGCAUGAAAGCUCUUCUCUCCGUUUCGAUAUUCUAGCUCACUCUUGCUGUGAUCUUGAAGUGCAUGUAGAGGAAUUAAACACGCUCUCUUCGAGGCUGUCCACCUGUGCCCAGUACGACGGUCCCUUCCUGCAGGUCUCCCCCCUCAUCCCCCACAGACAAGGCUUCCGCCCGCACUAGACCAGGGCCCUGACAUGCUCAGACUGAACCCCCGCAUUUCAAAAUUUCAAAUUCGACCGAUGCCAUCCUCCACCUAAUUUGCUCUUCUAUUUAUUUUUAUGAAUCGCGACCAAUUUUUGAGUGCACUUUAAAAAAAAUGGUACGAAAAAGAAGGCCAGCCUUUUUGUCUGAAGUCUAAUUGAAUGUAUACGUCAAGGUAAGCUUUUGGCCAUUCUAAUCGUCGUCGCGUCGUCGUUUUUGCCAAACGAACGCCAUACUUGCUGUUUAAUGUUGCACCGUUGGAUAAAAGGUUUGCAGCUUGUUGGUCAAAGUGCACUAAAGCUAAAGACCGUCUGCUCUGCUGGGCUCUGAAGCUGACUCCCUCCCAUCACCAUUCACUCACUCACUCACUCACUCACUCACUCACUCACUCGUUCAUUCACUCAUUCAUUCACUCCCUCACUCACUCACUAAUUCACUCACUCGCGCUCCAUCACUUCGACAAUCACGUAGUGUUUCCCUUUUAAAGUUACACGCCUGGAAAAUGUGUAUGAAUCAUUUAAGACGUUGAACAUGCGCACUUUGUUUCACCCAGGCUUUUCUUUACAGCAUGCUGUAUCUAUAGGAAGCCUCUGGGUCUUAACCUCCCCCCCGCACCUCCCUUCCAGUCAUAUACAGCACUCUAGUUUUCACAUGAAGUGGUUAAAAGGAAACUGAAUGUAGCACAGGCACCCCCCCACCCCGCCCCCGUCUUUCGAAUGUACACAUCUCUAGAGAAAAGCCUGGACCGGGUUUGUAGCUGAAUGUACCCCUCCAGUAGAGCACCCCCCACCCCUCUCACUCACACAGCUCACAAUGCCCUCUGCCGACCAGCCUUUGUCCACCUCGCAGCAGGUCUCCCCCCCCAGACUGUCAGCUGGCCCCCAGAACCGUGACAUGACAAGCCGGCCCUCCUGGCUGCGGCCGCUCUGAAUGGGAAAUAAUGAAUCAGACACUUUUUGCUCAGUUGCCCAGCAAAGCAUUUUUCUUUUUCCCACAUAAUAUCCAUCCUCUCUCUGUCUCUUUCCGCCCCAUACAGAAAUCUGUAAGCGCACAAUAGACGCCCCACCAGUCUGAGCAUGCCAGGGUGAUCCCGGAUCAUUCCACAUGUAACCGCCGCAUAAACUGCCAUUUUAUUACAUUUAUUGUGCCCAGACAUUUUUUUUUUUUUUCUGCAGUGAAUCGGUCGAAAAUGUGUCUCCCCUAGCAGUUCUUUUUCUUUCUGUUUUCCCUUUUGUUGAUUGAGGGGGAGAAAUCCUGUGACACUAUGGUGCAUGUGACUACUAGUGCCGUGUUGCUUGACAGUGUAGUGUAGCGCCGUCUCUUCCUCCUUUCUGUCAGCGUGUGCUUCACCUUCCUCUCGUUCUACCAGCUGAAAGCGUAUCCUGAUGUUUCGGAUAGGCGGGGACUUUUUCUUUUUUCCUUUUUUUUUUAGGGGUCGUGUUAACUCGUAUUAACUUAUUUCAAGUUGUGGACAAAGAGCUGAAAGCAGGUUUCUUAUUUAUUAAACUAAGGGUUGGUCCUCUCCGCCUUGCCGUUCACUUCGGCGUUCACGCUGCUUCUCCUGCCAGAGAAUGCACGUGUGACCUUUUGAAUCGGCACGGCGGGAGUCUUAACCUGCUUUCAGCCCCGUGGUGCAGUAAGUUCCUGUUCUAUGCGGUGAUAGCGUCAGCGCCUAUAGCAGUGCAUUCAUCACCUAAUGAACGCCGUCGAGCCAGUUGGACCAGUAGAUGAAGUCGGAGCAGUUAAUGUAAGAACGAAGCAGUGACGUUGACGGUUGGAAUAGUUUCGCUCUAGUUUGUCUACGGUGGCUUUUUGGAGUGGCUUCAUUCUUUUCCUGAGGAGCAAUCUCUGCUCUUACAUUAGCUGCUCUCUCAACUCGCCGUCACAUGACUGAGGUGAUCUGCCAUGACUGUAAUAGGUCCUUAUAAGGUCACACAUUUUAAACCGUUCAAAACUACCGAAGCAGUUUAACACUAACUGUUCCUGGAUGAAGUACAUUUUAGCCUUGUUGGUGUGGAUCAUUAUGCUAUUGUUUUAUUUUUUUAUACAGUGAACUCAAAAUGCAUUUUUGCAGUUGAAUGGUAAUAGAAUUUUAUACAAAAAAUAUUUUGUAUUUUUGCUGCGGACCAAUCUUCUUUCUUUUUUUUUUUUCUCUCUCUUCCCCCUUUUUUUUGUCCAGAUGUUUAUUUUGUCGUUUUUGUUCUGAAGUUAUGGGAUGACCUUUUUCAAAGCUAAAUCAUGUCUUUUAUUUCCACUCUGACUAGUCCUCUGUGGAUCUCGUCUCCAGAGGACGAGUCAGGGUGGAAGCCGCAGUCCCCCCCCCCCUCCCCGGGUCAGAGAGGGUGCAGUCGCAGGAUGUACUGAAUGAGAAACUUUGCUGUUCUAAUUCUUUCUUUUGCUGUUCUUUGGAUGGUCAAGAUGUGCUAAAUAUAUCUGUGCUACGAGCUUGAUGCUUCAAUAAAAAAAGAUACUUAUCUGUGCAA